UAUCAACUAUCGGAUACUCAAUACAUACUAACGGCGAUCUUUCUUUUGUUGUUGAUCUUCGCUUUCUGAAAACGAACGAACAUUAGGGCGCAAACUUGUCGUUUAUCGGGGUCGGAAUGAAGAUUGUGCGGAAAGAAUCUCCACUGGCGCUUUACAAGGGUCUAGGAGCGGUGACGGCGGGCAUUGUCCCGAAGAUGGCGAUCCGAUUCACGACCUUCCAGUUCUAUAAGGACUGGAUGGUCUCCAAGGACGGCACGCCCUGGAAGCUCAACAACCUCUGGGCUGGGUUGCUGGCAGGAGUAACGGAGGCGGUACUAGUGGUGACACCGAUGGACGUGGUCAAGAUCCGUCUUCAGGCUCAACGCCACUCCAUGGCCGACCCGCUCGACAUCCCCAAGUACCGCAACGCAGCCCAUUGUGCCUACACUGUCGUUCGCGAAGAAGGUUUCGCGGCCAUCUACCGAGGUGUCGGUCUCACAUCCCUCCGUCAGGCCUCGAACCAGGCGGCGAAUUUCCCGACCUACCAUUUCCUGAAGGGCUACCUUCAACGGCUCCAAAACAUCCAGGACCUACCCGGUUACCAAUCUGCGAUCAUUGGAUGUAUCUCGGGCGCGAUGGGACCGUUGGUGAACAAUCCGAUUGAUAUUGUGAAGACUCGAAUCCAGAAGACGCCGAAUCCGGAGGGGUUGGGUGGGUGGGAGAGGUUUAUGGAUGUGAACAAGGGAAUUUUGAAGAAUGAGGGCUGGAGAGCUUUUUAUAAGGGUGUCACACCUCGAGUGCUGAGGGUCGCACCAGGGCAGGCGGUGACAUUUGCAGUGUAUGAGCGGGUGUCGAGGUGGUUGGAUAAGAACUCGGAUACGUUCAAGCUCUCGGCGGCUAAUGUUAAGUAA